CCACACACAGACAGAGACACGCCCAUCUUGCACUGCCAAAACAUUUUUUGACAUUCCAAAAACAAAUAUUAUUUUUCAGUUUUCUUCAAUCCGAGAUAGAACUUUUACCCAAAAACAGAAAUACCAAUCAUGUCACGUCAAGCAAGUAGAUUAGACGCCAAAAAAGUGAAUUCAGAGCUUUUUACACUCACAUAUGGAGCCCUGGUCACUCAGUUAAUCCGAGAUUUGGACACGGUAGAGGAGGUGAACAAACAGCUUGAAAGAAUGGGAUACAACAUUGGGGUCAGGCUCAUCGAGGACUUCUUGGCACGGUCAGGGUCGGGCCGUUGCUUCGACUUCAGAGACACAGCUGAAAAAAUUCAAUUGGCCACAAGGAUGUUCUUGGGCGUGAACCCCAUUAUAAGCAAUUGGAGCCCUAGCUCGGACGAAUUCUCAUUGAUCUUAGACAGCAACCCUAUCACAGAUUUUGUAGAGCUGCCUGACAGUCACUUGGGUCUGAAGUACUCCAACAUGCUAACUGGUGUUAUCCGAGGGGCCUGUGAGAUGGUUCAACUUGAAGUGGCUUGCUGGUUUGUGCAAGAUCAGCUGAAAGGAGACAGUUCAACUGAAAUACGAGUGAAACUGUUGCGAAAAUUAGAAGAUUCAGUGCCUGCGGGAGAGGACUGAACACAUAAAGAAACUGCAUCUCUGCUAAUAGAGUUACACAAUUGUCUUUAAUAUAAGCCCAAUUAUAUUAUACAUAAAUCGUCAGUUAUUAUGAUAUAAAUAAAAUACAAUUUUUUGUUUAA